ACAUAGAUAAGGAAGUGAGUUAAGAGGGGACGCAUCAUGGGAAAGCUAUCUGCAUCAUAACUUCUGCUUUUUCUGACUCGUACAACAUGAAACACGCGGAGUUUGUCGUGUGUUUCCUCCUCCUGCUGCUGCUCCAUGUCGGUGCUCAGAUCAGGAGUAAUGGACGGUGGCCCGUUCCUUACAGGCGGUUUGAUCAUCGGCCUGAUGCAGACUCUUACUGUGAGGCGCUCUACCCGUUCUGUCCCACUGGAGACCGAGACGGGCGGAUUCCCGACAUGAAGGACAGCGACGUCAUCUCAGUUUAUCGACUGCAAACUCCAGUUUGGGAAUUCAAGUACGGAGGUUUGAUGGGGAAAUUUCACAUCAUGCACGAUGCCAUCGGGUUCAGCAGUUCAGAGACGGGGGCCAACUUCACCAUGGAGUGGUACGAGUUGUUCCAGCUCGGCAACUGCACCUUCCCUCACGUCAGACCCGAGGUGUACCCGCCUUUCUGGUGCAACCAAGGCGCCGCCUGCUUCUACGACGGCAUCGAUGACUUACACUGGUCACAAAACGGCACCUUGGAGAAAAUAGCCGAAAUCACAGGGAACCAGUUCAACGCCAUGGCCCAGUGGGUCCAGGACGACAACCGGACGGGGAUCUACUACGAGACGUGGACGGUCCGCUCCGACCCCGGUCCUAACGCCACAGUGUGGUUUGAGUCCUACGACUGCUCUCAGUUCGUCCACCGCACGUUCAGGAAGCUAACCGACCUGGGAGCAAAGCUAUCCAGUAGAUCGCAAACGAACUACACGAAGAUCUACCUGUACAGCGGAGAGCCCAAGUACCUGGGCAACGACAGCGCCAUAUUCGGACAGCCUGCUCUGAAGAAUCUGGCCGUGGACAUCCGCACGUUUUACCACACGUUCAGACCACACCAGUCGUUUACAGACUUCACCAUCAGCUUGUUGGAGGCUUAUGAAAAGAUCGUUUUGGACAAGAGCUUUUACCUGUACUACAACUUUGAGUACUGGCAGCUGCCGAUGAUUCCUUAUGUGAAGAUUACAUAUGAAGAGGUGCCUUUGCCUUAGCAACACAACUUGUACUAUAAUGUUUUCAUAAAAUGCAGCAGGUAUUAAUUUGUUUUGAUUCAUUGUUUUAAUUGAUGCACAGGUCUGACCUCUAAAUCUGAUACUAGUUAUCUGAGCAACAGCUUCAACCAGAGUUCAACUAACAAGCUGUUGAUCCUCCUCUGUGAAUGAGAUCAGGUUUUUACUUAAACACUGCUUUACUCACUCAACAAAAAUCUAUAUUUUUGUAAUAAAUGAACAGUUAUUUCAAGUAGAGUUAGACCUCUUUGGUGUAACAAGCUUAGACAUUAUAAAUAAUUAAAUAGCUCAACCCCCCCCCCCCCCUCUCUAAAACCAGAUCCAAGUUUUUGAGACAGUCAGACCUGUAAUAUUUAUCUGAAGUAUUGGAUCAGUGCAUCCCUCAUGAAUACAUUUUGUUUGUUUAUUUUUUCUGCUCUGAUUGUCUGAAAGCCAAAGAUAUUGUCAUUAAAAAUGUAAUAUUUAAAAAAAUAUUUAGUAGUGAAUGUUUGGAGUUGUUGCUUAUUUAUCAGUUUAAAAAAUAGUUGUGUUAAUUCAAAGUUAACCUUCGGCUCUUGAGACAUUUGACAGAACCUCAUCACUUGAGAUCUGUCUGUGGCCUUUCUUAUUUAUCAGGGGAGUUUUCAAUGAAUGGUUGAAUAGUAAAUGAUUGAAAGGCAAAAAUGAUCAUUUGCUUAAUAAUUCUAGAUCUGCUUCGAGGUGUGACUAUUCAAAGUUUUGAGCACAUUUAACCUAUCUGAAAUGUGUAAUGUUUAAUAAAGACUUAUUGCAGAACA